AUGUCGAGUAGACAGCUUCGAAAAUUACAACAACAGCGCGAAUUGGAGCAACAAGCUAAGCUUCAAGCUCAAGCAGGAGAAGAGGAGGAAUCCGAGGAUGAGUCGCAACCGAUACAAUCAAAACCCAGCUUGUUUGCAAGCUUUGCAGCUCUAGAAGGCGAUGACGGAUCUAAGGAAAUCGAUGAAGAUGAGGAGCCGGAAGGAGAAGAAUUGAGUGAACUCACUCCAGUCGCGACCACGAAGAAACAUAAAAAGUCGAAGAAGAAGAAGAAGGCCAAGAAUAAUGGAAAGACAAAAGACUCCGCGAAAGAAGUUGAGGAUACAUCUAAGAAUGGUCUGGAUGAAAUUGAUCAAGCUCUCAAAGAGUUAAAUUUGAAGCAACCAAAUGCCACAAAUACAACAAGUGCAAUAGAAGUGGAUGAAGAAUAUGAGAGAGUUUGUUUCCUAUUGGGUAUCAAUACACAACAUCUCAAAGUUGCAAAUGAAAUGCGAAGUUUAUUUGGACGGGCUGCUACGGAAAAUAAUGAAGAUCCUGGAGGACCUACAGGUCGUGGGCCAAGAAGAAGACAACGUAUGCAACAGAUGGAUUUGGAGACAGCCUUGAAGGGACAUCAUAAACCAGGCAAAGGCCUUUCCGAGCUCACCCUGCGACGCAACUUUUUGAUACAAGGGAAGGAUGAAUGGCCAAAAUCUACUUCGGGCGGAUUGACAAUGGCGGUUGUUGACAACCAAGAGGUAGUUGAUGGUACUAUCGAAUACAAAUUUGUACACGAUAAAGAAUAUCAAGUUGUGCAGCACACAUUCCAAACUCUGGUUGAAAUGGGGGAUCCUCAAAACCUUAUUGGGUAUAUUCAAAGAAAUCCGUAUCAUAUUUCUCUUCUUCUUCAAGUCAGCAAGAUAGCAAAAGACCAAGGCGAUCAUUCAUUAUCAUCUGAUCUUGUUGAGAGAGCCCUCUUUACAUUUGGUCGAGUUUCAUUAUCGUCCUUUAGUACUAAGUUGGCCCAAGGUAAAGCUCGAUUGGAUUUUGCUAGACCAGAGAAUCGCGAAUUUUGGUUAGCUGGGUAUCACUAUAUCAAAUCUCUCAUGAUGAAGGGAACUUAUCGAACUGCCUUCGAGUGGGCAAAGUUACUUCUAAGUUUGGAUCCUGAGGAUGAUCCAUAUUGCAUGCGAUGGAUGAUACAUCAUCUUGCCUUACGUGCACAUGAAUUUCAAUGGCUUUUGGAUUUCUCUGCCAGUCGAAAUAUACCAGAGUGGGCCAACACAAUCAGUUAUGCAAAGCCAUCUUUUGCUCUGGCUGCCCAGCAACUCAAGGAUGGUGUCAAAUGCAGGAGCAUAUUAUCGGACUGCAUGAGUCAGGUACCUUGGCUUUUUUGUCGACUAUUCAGAGAACUUGAUCUUGAUGCACCUCCAUCAAUAUGGGGUACAGAACCACCAACUGCUUCUGACAUUUUAUUUACAGAAUUAUAUGUUCUUCAAGCAAAGGAUCUUUGGAACACCACCGAGUCUACUGCAUUGCUUAUGGAAAUAGCACAUACGAUUGAGAAGCCAGACUUGUCGGAAACGCCUUUACUAUCAGACACCAAAGAGAUGAGUCUAGAUAUUGUCAGAUUCGUCUAUUUGGAUAAUCGACGGGAAUUAAUGUCUCUUGUUCCAUCGAAUAUUCUCCAUAGGAGCAAUAACUCUGAUUCGGAUCCACUACCGCCCUACUCGAGCACCAUCUCUUAUCCGGGUCAACAAAGAAGUCUGGGAAAUCAAGACGAACCCGAAGUUAACGGAUUCAAUGAUCCACUGGCGGCUCUCGCACGACUUUUGCCAGGGUUUCCAGGUUUAGACGCAUUACGAGGUCGUGGAGCAGGUGAUGAUAAUAUCGAUGUUAAUAAUGCUGAAACCGAGGCCGAAGCAUUUGAACGAUUGAGAAAUCAUAUUGCAGAAGGAAACCUGAUUGAAGGUUUAGAAGAAGAGGGCGAUGAGAAUGCAGAAGGACCAGCACGUGGACCGUCAUUAUCUGCCGCAACCAGAGUAUUGGAAAGUCUCAUGUUCUGGAGAUCAACACCAGCAUAUGCUGACCCUUCUUCAUCGGGUGCAUCGGCCAGUGAAACUGAUGAUGAUUCAAUACCUGGAUUGAUAGAUGAUGGAGAGGAAGAUCGAGGCGGAUAUAGACAAGCACAUGUUGAAGAUGCUGAUGAGGAUGAUGAAAUGCCUGCUUUACAUUAA